CAUUCGCACUCACGCUCAAUUUUCUGACUCCAACCCGUCUAACACGCGCGACUGCCUUCGGACUCCGGUCAUCCUCCUGCGGUUGUAUAAAGAACAUUUGAAGUGCUAAUUGUACAGGCACACCACCCAACGCGCCUUCUCCGAGCUCCCCGUUCCCACUGCAGUGGUAAGGACAAACUGAGCGUCUAUAUCACGCAGUGCAUAUCGAAAAGCAUCAUCGACCUCCACCAUGGGCGGACUUCCUCUUCGAAACGACAGCCCGAGCGACCGCGAACGCAAGGCUGUCCGCGACUCUCCCGAGCGGGGCACCAAGAGGAUAAGGACGCAGUCGCUGCCCCCGCCCGACCUGCCCAAGCUUGUUGCCGAGCAGCACCAGCCCAUCCCGAGCAGCGACAAAGACACGCAGCGCCUGAUUGUCGUAUUGUGCAGUGCCACCCUUGAGACAUACAAGGCCUCGCACGGCGUCGGCCGCGGCGGCGCCGGCCGCGAAGACAAGUUCAACUUGCUCAACAGUGAUGAUCACAUCGGCGUUAUGCGCAAGAUGGGCCGCGACAUCAGCGAGGCCCGCCCCGACAUCACCCACCAGUGUCUGCUCACUUUGCUCGAUUCGCCCAUCAACAAGGCGGGCAAGCUGCAGAUCUACAUCCAGACCGCUCGCGGCGUGCUCAUCGAGGUGAAUCCCACCGUGCGCAUCCCGCGUACCUUCAAGCGCUUCGCUGGUCUCAUGGUCCAGCUGCUGCAUCGCCAUCAGAUCCGCUCUACCACUUCCAACGAGAAGCUCAUCCAGGUCAUCAAGAACCCCAUUACCGACCACCUCCCGCCCAAUUGCCGCAAGGUCACCCUCAGCUUUGACUCAGAAGUCGUGCGCGUGCGCGACUAUAUCCAGGGUCUGCAUACCGACGAAAGCAUUGCCGUCUUCAUCGGGGCUAUGGCCAAGGGAAGUGACGACUUUGCCGACCAGAUUAAGGACGACAGCAUUGCCAUCAGCCAGUUCAACCUCAGUGCCAGCGUUGCCUGCAGCAAAUUCUGCCACGCUGCUGAGGACGUAUGGGGCAUCAUCUAACUGGACCAGCGCCUCACCGUGCCGCAGCAUAGCGUAGUGGACACGCCGCUACCAUCAAUCGCCGAUUCGAGGAAGGAAGGAGACAUCAAAAGCAUCGAAACCCAGGAGUGAUUCAGGUUGCGGGACGCGCUCACGCCGAGAUCACAACAUCGACGCGUGGGCGCCGUCACCGCUGUGUUUUUGAGCGUCGUCUGAGUUUUCUUUUACAACAAAACAAUACUCCGACUCAACGUCCAAAAAAUACUCAUAACGAGUCCCGCGGAGCACUCAACGUGCUCUGCCUCUCCUGUGUUUCUUUUGUUGCUUUGCGCAGAGGAAGAUGCGCCAAAAGUAGGUACAAGUACCUGGGGUACGCGUGUAAUGUCUUGUAUGGUCAAAAGCUGCAAAUAGUUGUUGGAUAGAUACCCGGAGCGAUGUGCGGCAAUAAGUGGGCUGUACCGACGUCAGUCUCCAUAUGCCGCGCGAAUGCAAAAUGUCGCA